GUCGCUGUUUCAAUCAGCGACCCGGAUCAACUGAGGCUCAUCCUGCGGUUCAACCCUAUCUCCCCUCCAUCGCAUUCGCUCUUCGGACAUCAUCCCUUUUUUAAUUUGUUGGCCAUAUCUAUCUUCUUCCCUAUCCCCAUAUUGUGCCAAAUUGAUAUCCCUACCACCGAGCUCAAGCUACUACCGCGAGACAGGAUAAUCAUGCCUGUCGCUUCGCUCUCUCGCUUUAGGGAGACCUGGACGAGCAACUUCGCCGAACGCGCUUCGACGUUGCACGAUGAAUUUCCAGACUACUAUCUGUCUAACCCCGAGUCUCUAAUCUGUAGCAGUGCGCCACACUCUUUCCGGCUGGGAACCGGGGCGUCUGUCUACACGCGAGCAUUGAUUCCCGCCAUGCUCAGAGCCAAGCACGAAGUCAUCCUCGUCACUUGCUUCUGGGCCCCGUCGCCUACUUUGGUCGUGUUGAAGGAGGCCUUGGAAGCGCUCGCUAAAGAGCGCUGCGAACGCGCCCGCCAAGCCCAAGCAUCGGGAUCUGAUGCGGAUAUGCUGCAACCUCUCAGGAUACGCAUCUGCUUCUCGUCGAGAUCUCUGUUUCAGAAGUUGUUCCAUACGUCGUCUCGCGAUGGCUAUAUCUAUCCCCCUUCGACGUGGCCAAAGCAGUUGGGCUUGCCGAGUCAGGAGGUCCUAGAGGCCGGCCUGAUCGACCUACGCAUUAAGACCCUGUUCUUCUUGCCUUUCAGCGUGAUGCACCCUAAAUUUCUCAUCGUCGACCGUCGGAGGGCGUGGCUCCCUAGCUGCAAUGUCAGCUGGGAAGCAUGGCUAGAAGGGUGCGUCGAGUUCACUGGCGACGCGGUGGACGGCUUGAUCACGUUCUACCGACAGGUAUGGGAUAGGGAUCUUGAGAGUCAACUUUUCAAUCCAGUCUAUUCUGAUCUCCCGCCUGCGACCUCUACAAGUUUGGACAGGUUUGAGGUGGCGUUGCCUGAUAGUCCUGCCAGCGUCACUACGGCUUUGCCUGGGGCGGCGACUCCGACUGUGAUAUUGCCAUCUUCUCACCAUCGUAACCCCCGAUUCAACCUCCUGCCGUGGCACGAGUCUCCAUCCCCACCGCCGACCCCCCUUAACCACGCCACGCUGCAGCUCCUGGACAUGGCGAAGGAGACCAUCUAUCUGCAGACACCCAACCUAACGUCUAGGGUAGUGAUUCAUAGCCUCCUCGAUGCGUUAGAGCGUGGCGUCGAUGUUAGUAUCGUGACAAGCAAGAGACUGAUGCUCCUAGAACAAAUUGUCACAGCUGGAACAACAACCUCAUUUUGCAUUCGGUCUCUCGUUGGGAAGUACCGAGCGUGUGAAGCACGAAACAAGCACCUCGCGAGUCUUGGCUCCCGCUCUUAUGCGGAACCCCCCACCGACAUCGAAGCCCAGCCACCGCGGCUCGGGUCCUUACAAGUCUCCUAUUUUCGCCCGAACCCUUCGCACCUAUCAAAGAACAUAGCUGAAGAGCCGGUGCAGUCUCAUCUUAAGCUCACAAUCAUAGACGGCCAGUGCACUCUUCUAGGAUCCGGAAAUAUGGACCGGGCAAGCUGGUUCACAAGUCAAGAGUUAGGGGUCAUGUUCCAAUCGGCGGAGUUCGCUGCAACAAUCAGCGCCGCCCUACGCGGCGUUCUCGCGGAUAGGCUUGAGCUAGUCUUCUCAUCGCCUACAGCACGCAGCCAUUAAGUGCCUAAAUCGGCAUGUCAGAUUCGGGGUUGGACGGCGUCUUUAGGCUUUCCCUCAUCCGUAUCGCAUACUGGGAUGACGCUGGUUAUCUAGCACUGAGCCCCUGCCAGACUUGAACGCCAAGAUGACCUAGCUUCGACUG